UGUAGGCGGAGUUUGAGAGAAUUCUACAUUUAAGAGGCAAACAUCUAUUAAUUCCAGCACCGUGUGAGAAGGUUGCAAGGGGACACGAUCGGUAACUUGGACCCCUCGGAUCCACGAACUGGUCAUUCACUUUAAACCGUUUACAAAUCCACCUGUUCAUUUAACAUUUAAGAAUGUUGAAAGUGACAUUCGGCCUCGCUCUGGUGACUCUGGUUGCUUGCUCGCAGUACCCCAACAAUGAAGUCUGUGAGGCAGGCCAGACAUGCCGCCAGGAUCCCACUGGAGAGUUCAGCUGCUGCCCUUUCCAUCACGGAGAGUGUUGUGAGGACCACCUGCACUGCUGUCCUGAAGGCAUGCUGUGCAGUGUUGUAAACUCCACGUGUAUAAACGCCACACAUACACUGCCAUUUGUGGAGAGGAUACCGGCUAAACGGACAGACCUUCCCAAAUCGCUCAGAAUGAUUCCCUCAUUACCUGCAAGUGAAGAUGACACCACCUGUCCUGAUGGCUCAUUCUGUCCUGCUGAGUUCUCCUGUCUGCUGAUGGCUUCAUCAUAUGGGUGUUGUCCCGUAGCACAGGGCCUUGUGUGCUCAGACGGGAAACACUGCUGCCCAAAAGACCAUGAAUGCAGUGCAGACAGCAGUUUGUGUGUCAAACUAAAAGAACCAGUCGAGACUGUUCUUUGUGGAAAUGGGACCUCAGAAUGUCCCGUGGACACCACAUGUUGUGAAACAGAUGAUGGCCAGUGGGCAUGCGCUGUAUGUUGUGAUGAUAAAAUCCACUGUUGUCCAGAGGACAGUGUCUGUGAUGUUGAAGGCUCCAAAUGCAUGUCCACCAAUCAGGAGCUGCCUAUGUGGGCCAAGUUCCCUGCUCGUCUUAGAGCUGAAUGGGAAGAUCACAAACCUGCAGAAAUGAGGGCUGAAGCUGAACUCACUACAACCAGACAAAUCACUACUGCUGGCAUACAAAUGACUACAUUGGCUAGUGCACUCCCAGAGACCUCUGAUGUUCCCUGCAAUGACACUGCGGCCUGUCCAGAUGGAACCACAUGCUGUAAGACUAAAGAAGGAGGAUGGGCCUGCUGUCCUCUGCCACAGGCCGUGUGUUGUGAUGACUUCAUCCACUGCUGUCCUCAUGGUACGACAUGUAACGUUGCUGCCGGGUCAUGUGACGAGUCUUCAGGCUCUGAGCCCUGGUUCGAGAAGCUGCCCGUCAAACCAGUCAGCAGUCAGAAUGUGGCUGUUACACAAGUGUUUUCAGUGCAUUCAAAUGUUUCCUGUGAUGACACCGCAUCCUGUCCAGAUGGAAACACAUGCUGUAAGACUCAAGAAGGAGGAUGGGCCUGCUGUCCUCUACCAGAGGCCGUGUGUUGUGAUGACUUUUUCCACUGCUGUUCUCAUGGUACGACAUGUAACGUUGCUGCCGGGUCAUGUGACGAGUCUUCGGACUCUAAGCCUUGGCUGGAGAAGGUGCCUGCUCUCCCUAGAGCAGGUCAAAGGUCACCUGGGAGCGUGAACUGCGACUCUAGCCACGUUUGUCCUGACUCCAACACUUGCUGUGAGAACACCGAUGGAGACUGGAGCUGCUGUCCUUUGCCUGAGGCUGUAUGUUGCACAGAUGGUGAACACUGCUGUCCGGCUAACUAUAAGUGUGAUGUGACCAGGGUGUCUUGCAUCAAGGGAGAUGUGGUGAUCCCCUGGUACAAUAAAAUUUCUGCUCAAAACACACCGGCUCCAAGCUUGAAUCUCGAUGCUGUUACAUGCGACGAGCAGUCAAGUUGCUCUGCAGAUUCAACCUGCUGUUAUCUGUCCACGGGAGAAAGGGGCUGCUGCCCUCUUCCUGAGGCUGUUUGCUGCCCAGACCGGGAGCACUGCUGUCCCAAAGACUACAAGUGUGAUCUACAUAGACGCUCCUGCAUUAAAACCACCUGGCUGCAUGUGGAAAUAGUCCCACUUGCCCACAUUGGUGGCCAAACGCUACAGUCGAGUGUCUCAGAAAAGGACAUUCAGUGUGGAGGUGGAUAUAGUUGCAAAGACAGUGAGACCUGUUGUCCAACCUCCCAGUCCACCUGGGGCUGUUGCCCAUCUCCAAAGGCGGAGUGCUGUGAUGAUAUGAAACACUGCUGCCCUGCUGGAUACAAAUGUGGCGAGGGUGGAAUUUGUACUUCAGCCUUAAGCUUUGACUGGAAGAGCUGGAAAAACUGGAGGGUGUUCUUCUCCAAAAAGAAACGAGCUAGUACUCUGUAAAGACAACAACAACAAAACACCUGUGUUGUUCCCACUCAGUGGCGUAAAUGGCCAACACUCCCUAAAGUGUCAUAUUUUUAAAAAUGUUACAUUUAUCAAAGUACUAAUCAGAAACAGUCAGACAUUUUUAUUUGCAGGAGAAAGUUUCAUUGGGGCUGAAUGUGAUGGUUAUUAUCUGUUCCCAUUGUCUAUCAGUAAUACCAACUACAUUUUAUCCACCGAGCCAUUUUACACUCUACAUUUACACUUAUACUGUCCAUUUUAAGAAUGGGUCAUUAUAAGUGUACACUGUUCAUAAUUUUUGAUGGUUUCCAGUGUUUUGGUUACUGCUCAGUUUAUCUAAAGAAUAAGUUGACUAUGGAAUGAUGAAAAGAUGAAACGCAUAUUGAAGCAUAGAGGACCUCUAGUGGCUGGAUUUAAUUCACACGUCUGUCAUUAUAACUUGCCAUGUACAAAUAUCACAGGCCUCUAUGGUUUACAGGCUACAUUUUUUCAGACUUGACAUAACAUGAUCUUGUGUCUUGUGAUUAUGACCACAUUGCCCUGGACAAGGAAACAUAAUAAAUUGAUCUCUUCAGAUAACAAA